CCACAUUCCACAACAUCGAACAUAAAAAAUUCAUUCCGAUAAAAAAAAAAAAAAAAAUCAAACCUAACCUGUUGUCGACUGCUUUACUUGCUCUUCUUCCUCAAAUCCAAAACAAAAUUUCCUAAUUCUUUAACUCCAAUGAAUCCGAAAUUAGUAGUGAUGGCGUUUUCAUUUUUUCUGCUACUCUCUCUCUGCUACUCCGCCGAGUUCAGAUGCAACAGCGGCUGCAAUUUGUAUUUGGCAUGGUACUUCAUCCUGCAAGGAACCAACCCAAGCUUCAUAGCCGAUGUUGAGAACACCUCAGAGUCGCUCGACGCAAUUCACCGUUUCAUUAGAGAUCAAUUCCCAAACAACGACGGUUACCACGGAUUCGCCAUAAGCAGAAGCCCCUUCCCCUGUAAUUGCAGCAGCGAUGGAUUCGUCGGCUACGUUUUACAAUACAGCGUGCUAUCCAACGACACCUACGACAUCAUCACCGAGGAGUACUACUCAAACCUGACCACGGUUUUCUGGUUAGAGCGGUUCAAUAGCUAUACGGCUGCGGAUAGUAAUCUUAUAACUCCUUCGAUUAACGUUACUGUGAAUUGCUCGUGUGGGGACAGGGUCAUUUCCAAGGAUUAUGGGUUGUUCAUCACGUAUCCUCUUAGGCCCGAGGAUAAUUUGGUGUCAAUUGCAAGUCGGUUCAAUGUUACUGCUGAGGAGCUGCAGAGAUAUAACGUUGGUGCCAAUUUUAGUGGAGGAAGUAGUUUGCUGUAUAUUCCAGGCAGAGCGUCUGAUAUUGUGCUUGGGGGAAUUCUUAACAAACUCAGGCGAUCGCGGUUCCAAGGUCUGGCACUGUUUCCAGGUUAUAUGGACAUAGCAACCAAGAAAUCAGUGGAGUUCUCAUAUGAAGAACUUGCUGAGGCUACUGAUAACUUCAGUACGGCUAAAGAGAUCGGCAAAGGUGGCUUUGGGUCUGUUUACUAUGCAGUACUGAGAGGGGAGAAAGCAGCAAUCAAGAAGAUGGACAGGAAAACUUCAAAAGAAUUUCUAACUGAACUAAAGAUUUUAACACAUGUUCAUCACGAAAAUGUGGUCCAAUUGAUUGGAUAUUGUGUAAACUCUCUUGGUUCUUCUCUUUUUCUAGUUUAUGAAUACAUGGAGAAUGGCAACUUAAGCCAACAUUUGCAUGACUCCGGGAAGGAUCCAUUGCCAUGGUGUACUAGGGUACAAAUUGCCCUUGAUUCCGCUAGAGGCCUUGAAUAUCUGCAUCAUUUUACUGUUCCUGCUUAUAUUCAUCUUGAUGUUAAGCCAGCAAACAUAUUAAUUGACAAGAACUACCAUGGAAAGGUUGCAGAUUUUGGAUUGGCAAAACUAAAAGAUUUGGAUAGAAACGCACUGCCGAGCACACGUCAUCUUGUGGGUACAUUUGGAUACAUGCCACCAGAGUAUGGUGAAUUGGGCAUGGUUUCUCCAAAAGCAGAUGUUUAUGCCUUUGGGGUUGUCCUUUAUGAACUUAUUUCUGGCAAGGGAGCUAUUGUGGAGACAAAUUCUAGUGUUGAAUUCAAGGGCCUUUAUGCAUUGUUUAAUGAUGCUCUUAAUCAUCCUGAUACUAGGGAAAUCUGCAUUAGCACAUUGGUUGACCCAAGGCUUGGAGAUAACUAUCCAUUUGAUGUAGUUCUCAAGAUGGCUCGACUUGCCCGGGCAUGCACACGUGACGAUCCGGAAUCACGUCCGAGUAUGAGAUCUGUUUUGUACUCCUUAAUGACUCUUUCAUCCCUAACAGAGGAUUGGCAAAAGAAAUUUUAGAAUUUAUCUGUUAUAUGUACAAUUAUUUCGUUUUAGUCAUUAAUCAUGAUGGAUUUCAUCUGGAUUCUAUCAUAAACAGUAGACAAUUUAUCCGUA